CUCAUUUUCAAGAAAUAAAUAAAACGCUUCUAACAGUAAUUUGUGCAAACAAACAAAAUUUCAUUUUAAAAAAAUAUUUCUUAGUGAAAAUGGAAAUUAUAAGACUAAUUUGUUUUAUUUCAGUAACUAUUAACUUACUUACAUUUUUACGUUUGUUUUGUCCGCAAAUUGUCCGUUUAUUUUUGAAUAAAAAAGACGGAGAAAAUCGUGAAAUUCGUGUCAUUAAUAAAUUAAGAAGACGAAAAUGCAUUACCAAAGCAAAUGGAAUUUCCUUGUUGAUUAUAAACUCUUCUAUGAGCCUCAUAUUUAUAAUAUCGGCAGUGUAUAACAUUAUAUUCACCUCAGUUCUGAAGAAACCAUUUUCUACAUUCAGCGUCAGUAUAUCAGUCCCAAUUAUGGUUUGUCUAGGAUAUGUACUUUUUAAUGCGUUUCAAUUUAUUUUAUGCAAACAAUUGAACAGAAGAAACUGCACUGAUAUGAUUAAAAAUUUUACUCAUACGGUUAUUCUCUUGACAAUAGUCUAUACUGAAGAAAAUGGACUAGCAGGUGUACUAAUUUUGUUUUCUUACGGAAGCACCAUUACUAGUGAAGUAAAGAAUGUUACAAAGCUUUGUAGAAGCGUUAAUUAUAAGUUAGUUCUUAUUUUCGAUCUUAUCGCACAAGCUGUUUUCAACAUAGGAGUUCCUGUUUUAAGUUAUGCGUUUAUAGUAAUUUUAACGAAGGAGCCAUUUUCGACAAUGCGACAUGCAUCAUUAAUUACUUUUGGUGCCGGACUUCUAUUAUAUGUUAUAUUUGUGUCAUUUUUUUUCAAACACCAGUGUCAUUUGUUUUUAGACGAAUAUGCAUGGUCAAAACUUUUAGAAACACAACAUAACUGGAAAGCAGACAGCCAUAAGCGACUAAUUAGUUGUCUUAAAACUAAUAAACAAAAACCAAUUUUCUUUACAAAUCAAAAAGUUGACCGCAAAUUUUCUGUAUAAAGAUUUUGUAAAAAUAAUCAUAUGAAAGAUUUAUAAAAAAAUUAUAUAGUUACAGCUUACGAUGCAUAAACACUAAAAGUACCAAUGUAACAUGCAAAGAGUGUAUCAUUUAUAAAGAUAAAAGAAGAACAAAAAAGAAAA